AUGCAAAUCGAUGGAAAGGAAAGCAAAGUUGGUGAACUGUACGGACUUCCUAUUGUAGGUGUAAGUGAAUUAGGUUUUGAAUUUUCUGUCAGCUCCCAGUGGUGGCCUGACCAGGAGGCGUUCUUUUUGAGACUCCUUGGUCAGGGCACCCAAGGGAGAGUACUCAUCCUGCACUUACAUGUAAGGGGCGAUUCUAAGAAUAAUAUGGCAUACACGGCGCAUACUUUGGCCCGCCGGCUUCUUGAAAAGCACUGCUACCCCCUCCAGAGGAUACACCUCCACAAUUUCUCUAGCGACUCGCUGCAAGCUAGAAAAUGGACGGCUGCCUUUCCAUAUUGUUAUUUUGGUAUUGCUGGGAUGGGCUAUUUCACAACGGAUCAAAUCCAAGGCCUUAGGGUCGUUCCCACGAAUCGGCUGAUUCUGGAGACCGAUGCUCCGCAUCUCCCUCCUCGCCCGGACAUGACAGUGACUUCACCUGAAAGCCUGGGUGAUGUGGGGGCGGUGGUAGCCAACCUGCGGGGACAGCCCUUGGCCACUAUAAUGGCCCAAACCACCUACAACGCUAAGCAACUGUAUGGCCUGUUAGGGUAA